AUGGCCUACGCACAACCUCAUCCCCGGCUCUCUGUGCUUUCCAACUCCUCGCUCUCGUCCGCCGAGCAUCUUUCACCAGCAUCAUCUUCCCGCUUCUCCUUGCCCUCUGCGCCUUCAAUCAACACCACGAGUGGCCCGAAGUCAGGAGCACGCCCCAACAUCUACGAUAGGCCUCUGAACAAGACGCGCACCGCAGAGGUUUCCUCUGCUGCCUUUGCGUUCCUAUUCUCGGAAAUCGUGCAGUAUACGCAGAAGCGGGUCAGUGGUAUCAAUGAUCUCGAACGCAGACUGAACACUCUUGGAUAUCGGAUUGGCACCCGUGUCCUCGAACUCAUGGCCUGGAGGAACGAGUCCGCGUCCAAGGCCCCAAAACGCGAGACUCGUUUCCUCCCCGCGCUCAUGUCAAUCCAUACGCAUGUAUGGAGAGCAGUGUUUGGAAAGCCCGCUGAUGCCAUUGAGAAGAGCGUCGAAAACGCGGAUGAGUACAUGAUCAUCGACAACGACCCGCCGAUCACACGCAACAUAUCUGUCCCACGAGACAUGAGCUCGCUCAGCUGCUCCUCAUUCACUGCCGGCAUCGUGGAGGCUGUCCUAGACGGUCUGGGCUUCUCAGCGCGCGUCACGGCGCACAACACCCCCACAGAGCAAUAUCCAAACCGAACUACCAUCCUGAUAAAGCUCGAGAAGUCGGUCCUCGAGCGAGAGGAGGCCUUGAAAACCUAGUCCCGCCUCGGGCGGGCUCGCUUGUGCUAGUAGUAUUCAUCCUCAAGCAUCCAUCCCCGUCAACCUGCGGAGUGCCUUUGCUGGUUUCUCGAAAGGUGUGGUUUUGACUGCGCCACCCCUAGUGGCGGGAUCCUAGAGGAAUGGUAUCGCACGCGGAUACAUUGGGGGCUUUUCACUCGCUCUUACCACCACGGCUGGAAGGGAUCUCAUCG